GAACUGACUCAGAUAUGAUAAAUCCCUAAGAAUUUUGAAACCCUAAAAGCCCACCCUGAAGUUGUUCUCGUGUUUGGAAGCUAUGGCGCAAGGUCGACAUUGAUGAUGACUUGAUUUCUAGCAAGGUUGCAGUUCCUCGGUUUUGUAGUUAGCAGGUUAUUUCAUAGAUGGCUGCGAAACAGGUAUCUGCGAUCAUUCGGCUGGUUGUGAAUGCGGGGCAAGCGAAGCCUGCGCCCCCUGUGGGGCCUGCUCUGGGACAGCACCGUCUGAAUCUGAUGGCAUUCUGCAAGGAUUUCAACGCGCGGACGCAGCAUAUCAAGUCAGAGGUUCCGAUGUCUGUCAUGGUGACUGCAUACAAGGACAAUUCUUUUGAGUUCGUGGUGAAGUCGCCUUCGACGUCGUAUUUCCUGAAGAAAGCAGCGGGGUUGCAGUCAGGCGGCGGCAAUCCGGGUCACAAGGUCGCCGGGGUGGUCACGCCUAAGCACAUUUACGAAAUCGCCAAGAUCAAACAAGCCGACCCUGACUGUCAGUACAUGCCGCUGGAAUCCAUCUGUAAGUCCAUCAUGGGCACUGCUCGCUCCAUGGGCAUUGAAGUGAAGGGUGAACUUGUGUGAUUCUUGCGUUUCAUUUUGCACCUAUUUCGUCGUUUCCAAACAAACAUACCAGAACUUGCUCAAGGACUGCAAAACUGGUUUCAAUACAGAAUACUAGGAUUUAGCAAUUGAUGCCAGUCCGGAGAAGGAUUGAUGGGUUUAGGUAGCGGGUUACCAACGGUUAUAGGGAUGUGUCCGUCGUAGAUUAAUUUGCAACAUCAGAACGAUUUUCUGCUGCUUUUUUUCCAGCAAUUCAUUUUCAGAAUUACACUUCAUCUGGCUCGUUUCUUCCCUUAGCCACAUGCUUCAUAA